AUGAACAAGGAAUAACUAAUCAGAUAGAUAUCCAAAAUUAUUAAAAAUAAAAUAGUAAGCAGAUAGGGUUAAAAUAUAUUUGAAUUAGAGGCUAAAAUGGGAAAAUUUAAAGGAAUAGGUGUAUAGUAAAAUGAUUAUUUGGAGUCUAUCAAAGGUAUGGAAUAACUAGAUAACAAUAAUUUGAGAUAUCAAUUUGAGUCUAAAAUAGACUUAAAGUAGUAUAAUAAUGCUUAUGAUUAUUUAAAAUAAAAGGAAAAUUAAGUAUUCGUAAAACGAAUAGACUUUAUAAUGGAUAAACAAAAACGAAAUUCAUUUCAGAUAAUCAACGAUUAAGUAUCUGGUAUAUAGAUUGAGAAAUAAAGGAAUUAAAAAGAACAUAUUGAUAUAGUAGAUAAUAAGAUUCAAUUUCGAAUAUCGCUGAAUUAAGAAAAAAUACUAUCAACAGAUCUUAAAGAAUUGCUUGAUCAAAUGUCUACUAGAAAAAAAUAUGCAAAUUUUAUAAGAUUAAAGUAGACAUUAUUAGUAAAAGAAGACAAAUUUGAAUUUGCACUUUCAAAUGUUGGUUCUUUAAAGAAAUACUCUGAUCUUGAAUUUCAAAAGAUUCUUGAUUAGAUUUCUGCAUCAUAAAGUUCAAACAUACAAAAAAAUUUAGAAUAGAUUUUCAAAACGUAGAGUUUAAGAGAUUACGAACUUGAAAUAGAAUUAGAAUAAGUUUAAGAUUUAAAUGAUGAGUAAAUUUUAAACUUAUCAAAAUCUUUUAUAAAUUAAAUAUAUACUUUGUGGAGUGUUAUCAAUUUCAAGCAGAAUGAAGAUGUAUCAUAGUAAUCUGAAAAAAAAACAAAAAUAGAAUGA